GUCGCUAAAACCGGCAUGGGCGCGAAAAGGAGCGCAAUAUUGGGGAUUGGGAUUGGACAAGAAUCAACAGCACUUGCCGUCCUACAAUCCAAUUGUGAACAACAGCAGCAUCAGCAUCACCUUCACCUCAGCAGCAGUAAUAAUAAGAACAACUACAACUACAUAAACAAAAUGGCGCACUUCAAAAUUGUCGCUUUCUUCGUUUGCGCUGUCGUUCUCUUCGUGCUGAGCACGAAGUCUGCCGAAGCGGCCAUUGCACGCGUCAAGUUUAGCAAUCCUUCGUAUCCCGGCAAAUGUGUGCUCAACUCGAACGUGAUUAUGGCCCCUGGACAAACUGGCAAGGCACCCGAUCAUCUGUGCGCCGGCGUCACAUGCUUGGAGAACGGUUAUGUGGAGUUCCGCACUUGCCAGGCAAAGGCACCGCCAAAGGGCUGCAAGCAGCGCGACUUUGUCAACACGAACCGUAACUAUCCCGAAUGCUGUGAACGCUCGUAUGAUUGCACCAAGCACAUUUAA